CUUGUUGUCGUCCGGUGCCGGAGGAGACAGUCGCCAGCUUGCCCGCUCGCUCACCCCCGGGGGACUCCUAGGUCUCGCUCAGCCGCUCGCUCCGUCCCGAGCCGUCGGGGCCAUGUCGCGGUCGGCGGAGGCCCGGUGGGCCGGCGCCAGGCGGCGGACGGCGGCCGAGGCGCACUCGCCUUCCUCUAGCUUUCCCCGGAGACGCCUGCCUUUACAAACGCCCCGAGCUUGAAGCCGUUCCUUCACGACGAGGAGGCCCAGCCGGGACCGAGAGCAGGAAACGCCGGAUACGCACACUUUGCGGCAGCCGUUGCACAGGGAAUCGGUCCGGAAGCCGAGACGAUGAAGCUGUUGGAGAACUCAAGUUUUGAAGCAAUAAACUCCCAGCUGACGGUGGAGACGGGAGAUGCUCACAUCAUCGGCAGGAUCGAGAGCUACUCGUGCAAGAUGGCUGGCGACGACAAGCACAUGUUCAAGCAGUUCUGCCAGGAGGGCCAGCCCCAUGUCCUGGAGGCCCUCUCGCCUCCUCAGACCACGGGCAUCAGCCCCAGCAGGCUGGGUAAGAGUCAGAGUGGGGACGAAGAGGGACCCCUGAGCGACAAGUGCAGCCGCAAGACCCUCUUCUACCUGAUAGCCACGCUCAACGAGUCCUUCCGCCCGGACUACGACUUCAGCGCCGCCAAGAGCCACGAGUUCAGCCGGGAGCCAAGCCUCAACUGGGUGGUGAACGCCGUCAACUGCAGCCUCUUCUCUGCCGUCCGGGAAGAUUUCAACGCCCUGAAGCCCCACUUGUGGGAUGCUGUCGACGAGGAGAUCUGUCUUUCCGAGUGUGACAUCUACAGCUACAACCCCGACCUGGAUUCGGACCCCUUUGGAGAGGACGGCAGCCUCUGGUCCUUCAACUACUUCUUCUACAACAAGAGGCUGAAGAGGAUCGUCUUUUUUACCUGUCGUUCCAUCAGCGGCUACGCGUACACGCGCUCGGAAGCCGGCAAUGAGCUGGACAUGGAUCUGGGUGAAGAGGACGCGGAGGAGAACAGGGAUGGCGGCGACACGGAGAGCGGCAGCAUCGAGGAGGAGAGGUUGCAAGUUAUCUGCAUGUGAGCUCCCGCCGUCGCUCCGAGCUGCCCAGCAGCACCGAACCACCCUCCCGCCCGCGUCCCGCGGCCACCCUCAGCCCCCCGUCCGCCCCCGCCCCCCCGGCGUCGCUCUGCCCGACUCAUACACUGGAGAACCCCCCGGCAUCUCGGAGCAGGACGGACUGAAAGCCGCCGCCGUGUCCUGGCCGAAGGCAACGUUGCCUGGUUUUGGUGCUGCUGGCCACCCUGCCCUUGCCCCGGGCCCGUGGCCGCCGGGGCUGGCCGGACAGCGGUGCGAGGAGCUCCGAGAAGCUUUGCUGCACUUUAUCGCUUCAUCUCCUUUGGCUGCACUGACCCGCAAACUCCUCGGCGGCGCCGAAGCCGGGCUGGAUUUUUUUUUUUUCUUCCCCCCCCCCCCCCCCCGCCCCUCGAGCACUUUUUCUGGACUGGUUGUGACCCAGCCAACGCCGUCCGUCCGCCAGCGGCAGCAGCGGGGGGGGGGGACACGGACGCCUCUGCCCGGCCCCCUACGCAGGCAGCGACUGUUGGACCCCCCCCAUGGACUGUCCUCGCCUUCCCCGGAGAAGCGUCCGUUUGUUUCACAGAGGUUUGCUUUGCUCUUGCCGCCCCCAGUGGGGUAUUUUUUUGUUGUUGUUGUUUUUUCUUCUUUGCUAUUGUUGUUUGGUUUUUUUUUUUUCUUUUUCUUUUUCCACCUUCGCUGGGGGGUUGCCGGCAUCCCGCGCGGGGCUGGGGGUGGGGGGUGUCCCACCGAGCGGCCCUGCGGGGGGGGUCGCUGGACCCGGCGCCUCACCCCCCCCCCCAUCCUUUUCUUUGGGGUUUUGUUCAAACCGCAGCUGACUUUUGGCACCCCCCGCCCCGCCGGGGGCCGAGCGGCUUUCGGAGGGGGCUGGCCGGGGCCGUGGAGUGGAUGCGCCGUGGCUGGAGACUCCCGUCGCCCCCGGGGGGGCUUUACUGGGGGGCUUCCCGCGUCCCCCGGGCUUGGCGGGAGGCGAGAGGCUCCCGGGGGAUGGUGCAGACCCCGCUCCAGCCUCCGGCAGGGCCUUGGGAUGCAGAGGGAAAGCAGACGGAUGGACAGAUGGACCCCCCUCGCCUUCCCCCCCGGCUCCUAAGGUGGCAGAGGCGGGUGCCGGCAGCAGCGUGGCGUUCCCGGCAGCAGCGCGGCGUUCCCGGUGGCGGCUCCCCCCGUGACUCUCUGGAAGCCGGGUUUGAAGUUGGAGUUUGUUUCCUCCUCGCUCUGCAGGACGGACCUGAGCCCCCGCCACCGCCGCCGCCGCCCGGGGAGGGCUCUGCCUUCGCCUCCCAUCCCGCUGGCCCCCUUUUUUCCCCCCGCCGGGACCCUCGCUCCUCCCCACUGCCCCCCGGGCCGGGGGCUGGAGCAGGAUUUGGCCCCGUCCCGUCCCCGCCGUCGUUCCUCGCUGCUGUGGCUGCCUGCCCCGCGCCGCCCCCGGCGGGGAGCUGGACUUCGCGGCGUAGCCAUGUAGCCUCGCGCCAAUAAAGGUUUUCUGUCA